AUGGCAGUGCCUGCGUGUGCAGCCCGGGCGCUCGGGCCGCCGCUGCAACCGGAGCGCGGAGCGCCCGCUCGCACCACCUGUCCCCGGCGGCAUUCCAGAGCACAGGCCGAAUUGGCAGGGAGCCUGUCGGGAUCGGUGGCGGCCGCCGCGCGAGCGGACCCUCCUAGGGGUGUGUCUCACAGAUUCAACUCCCAGCCGCUCCUGGACGAACCCCUCAAGGCGUCUUUCUCCCUGGCGGGAGCUGUGCGCGCCCCUCUCUUCACGCUGCUGCCCCGAGGCCGCCGCAGGCGGAUGCACGACUUCAGGCGACGCUGGGACCUGGGCUCCCUCUGCCGGGCCCUGCUCACUCGGGGCCUGGCCGCCCUGGGCCACUCACUCAAGCACGUGCUCAGCGCGAUCUUCUCCAAGAUUUUCGGCCCCUUGGCCAGCGUCGGGAACAUGGAUGAGAAAUCUAACAAGCUACUGCUGGCUUUGGUGAUGUUCUUCCUAUUUGCCGUGAUCGUCCUCCAGUACGUGUGCCCCGGCACAGAAUGCCAGCUCCUCCGCCUGCAGGCAUUCAGCUCCCCGGUCCCGGACCCUUACCGUUCGGAAGACGAGAGUUCCGCCAGGUUCGUGCCCCGUUACAAUUUCAGCCGCGGUGAUCUCCUGCGCAAGGUAGACUUCGACAUCAAGGGCGAUGACCUGAUCGUGUUCCUGCACAUUCAGAAAACGGGGGGCACCACUUUUGGCCGCCACUUAGUCCGGAACAUCCAGCUAGAGCAGCCUUGCGAGUGCCGAGUAGGGCAGAAGAAAUGCACUUGCCAUCGGCCGGGUAAGCGGGAGACCUGGCUCUUCUCCAGGUUCUCCACGGGCUGGAGCUGUGGGCUGCACGCCGACUGGACCGAGCUGACCAGCUGCGUGCCCGCCGUGGUGGACGGCAAGCGCGAUGCCAGGCUCCGGCCAUCCAGGUGGAAGAUUUUUCAGAUUCUAGAUGCAGCAAGUAAGGAUAGACGGGGCUCUUCAAGCACUAAUCCAGCCGCCAACUCUCCAUCAGCCACAAAGACUCGGAACACAUCUAAGAGUGGGAAGAACUUUCACUACAUCACCAUCCUCCGGGACCCAGUGUCCCGGUACUUGAGUGAGUGGAGGCAUGUCCAGAGAGGUGCCACGUGGAAAGCAUCGCUGCAUGUCUGUGAUGGGCGACCCCCGACCUCUGAAGAGCUGCCCAGCUGCUACACUGGCGAUGACUGGUCUGGCUGCCCCCUCAAAGAAUUCAUGGACUGCCCCUAUAAUCUGGCUAACAACCGCCAGGUGCGCAUGCUCUCCGACCUGACCCUCGUAGGCUGCUACAAUCUCUCAGUCAUGCCUGAAAAGCAACGAAACAAGGUUCUUCUGGAAAGUGCCAAGUCCAAUCUGAAGCACAUGGCAUUCUUCGGCCUCACAGAAUUUCAGCGCAAGACCCAGUACCUGUUUGAGAAGACCUUCAACAUGAACUUUAUUUCGCCCUUUACCCAAUAUAAUACCACUAGGGCCUCGAGUGUCGAGAUCAAUGGGGAAAUCCAAAAGCGUAUUGAGGGACUGAAUUUUCUGGAUAUGGAGUUGUACAAUUAUGCAAAAGACCUCUUUCUGCAAAGGUAUCAGUUCAUGAGGCAGAAAGAGCAUCAGGAGGCCAGGAAGAAGCGCCAGGAGCAACGCAAAUUUCUGAAGGGAAGAUUCCUUCAGACCCAUUUCCAGAGUCAGGGCCAAGGUCAGAGCCAGACUCCCAGUCAGAAUCAGAGUCAGAACCCAAAUCUCAAUGCAAAUCACAAUGUGACUCACAAUCUGAUUCAGAAUCUGACUCAGAGUUCCAGUCAGAAAGAGAACCGGGUGAACCCGAAGCAAAGCCCAGGCCAACAGCAGAGUGACAGUCCCACCAAUGGCACUCAUGACUACAUAGGCAGCGUAGAGAAAUGGCGUUAAGUGCCUAGGAAAGGCCUGUAUAUUUCGCUCUCAAAGUGCCACCCAAAAGACGGCAUAUGUCAACGAGGCAUAAAUAUCCAAACGCAUCCUGCUUCCUUAAUCAUGGAAGUUUAAGAAAGCUUACAUGUUGCCUUUACAGUUUGCCUUUCAAUUAAAUGUUAUACUGUGCGUGGGUAAAAUCAAUCUCAAUAGGUAAUAAAAUGGUCUUGGGACGGGUGAUUGGAACUAUUUAUGAAAUCCCAAAAGCAAACCACACUCGCCACAAAUUGCUGUUUCUAUAUUUUAAGGAGCUCCCAAAUUAGGUCUGGAGAUUAAAAAGAAAACAUAAAAGGUGACCAUUUAACUUGUGACUAAGAAACUGAAUCUCAGUGAUUCAUAACACGCUGUUAAAAACAAAACCCAAUCUUGGAAAUCCUGAUUCCAGGCCUACGCAUAAGUGUAAGUGUGAAAUGAAACACAAACCUUUCAUUUACUUCUGAUUUUAACAAGGAAUCUAUUUACAUAGAAUAACAAAUGAUGAUAAACUUUACUGAGCUUUAGUAAAUAAACAGUCACUCUCCCAAACCUAGAUGGUUUUAUGGAAAAAUAGUGACUUUUCAAGUACAACAUGACUUGUAUCUUAAGAGAUGAUUAAAGUUUUAAACUUUUUUUAACCUUCUACUAUUGAAAGGUUUUAAACAGGGUGUAUCUCAUAGAAAACAAAAACAUAGCUUCCCAAUUGGAACACCAGUGUUAAGAAUAGUAUUUCCACAUGCUGUUAGGGCACUGUAAUUUCAACAGUUCUUGAAUCUUAUGGGCAAUGCCUCUCAUGUAUUUAAGGCUUCUCCAAGUUGUGCUCAUUGCAAUCGAAACCAUGGAUAGCAGCUUUCUUCAUCAUGUACAUGGUGUGUUGCUGAAUACAUUGUGGGUAUAUAAUCCUGGAUUGUCAGGACUUAACUUUCUGUAGAGUUGUCUUAUCAAUGUUUGUGCAGUGAGGUGCUUAUCAAGAAACUCUCAAACAGGAAAAACUGUGUCUAAAAAUAUUGCUGACUUUAUUCUUGAUCUGAUUGAAUUGAACCCGAGUGUAAACUGUUCAUUCCUUUUUGUACCCCUUUAUUGUAAUGUGUCCAGUUUGGCUGACUAUUUCUAGCCUAUUAGCUCUUCUUUGUGUUAACAGAUGUUUAGACAAUUGCAAGAACAA